AUGGGGGGUAAUUCGAUGCGCUCUUUUCCUCCUACUUUUGUUAAAAAUAGUUCGAUUGAUAUGAACAUGAAUGAAGUAAUUUCCUUUAGUAACCCCUACACUUGGUGCAAUAGAAGGUAUAAGAAUCCAAAUGAAUUAAUUUUAGAAAAACUAGACAGAGCUUUCAUGAAUGAUAAGUGGGUCAGUGUUCUUCCUCAAACUCGUGUUACAAACCUAGGGAGAAUAUAUUCUGAUCACUGUCCGAUUUUAAUUAAAUGCUUUCAUUGGGUAAAAAGUUUGAAUGUUCCGUAUAAGUUCUUUAAAUGCUGGCAACUAGAUCCUAACUUCAAAGAAGUUCUUACUAAUUCUUGGUCCAAAAGGGUAGUUGGCUCUCCCACUUAUGUUGUAGUGAAUAAGCUCAAAAAUGUCAAAAUUGAACUAUGUAAUUGGAACAUUAACUCCUUUGGUCAUAUCAAUACUACAAUAAAGAAGCUGAAUACAGAAUCAGAAAGGUUACAGACUCUGCCGUACUCUGCUCAAACUGGUCAGUACAUUCUAAAUUAUUCAAGAAAACUUGAUUAUUGGUAUGAAAUUGAGCAUAGUUUUUAUAAGCAGAAAUCGAGGAUAAACUACAUUACACAAUAUGAUAGGAAUACCCAUUUCUUUCAUAACAAGGUUAAUCUUAGGAAAAUGUACAAUACAAUCCAUACUAUUAAAGAUGAUAAAGGAAAUUGGCUUGAGGAAAGGGAACAAAUUGUCCACCCGAUCUCUCAACACUUUAAGAGAAUCUCUACAACAUCAAACCCUAGUCUGGAAAAUAUUGAGGAAGCCUUAAAGUAUGUCAAUCUUAUUAUUAAUGAUGAAAUGAAUCACUUUUUGAUUAGUAUUCCCACUCCUCAAGAAAUUAGAGACACUGUUAAUAGUCUGGCUUCUUGGAGUUCUCCAGGAAUUCAGAUUAGUUUAUCUAAUGCUGUGUACAAGAUAAUUUCAAAGAUUCUAACAAAUCGUCUGAAACCUUUUAUGGAUAGAUUAAUAUCGCCCUUUCAAUCUGCUUUUGUAGCUAAUAGACAGAUUCAUGAUAAUGUGGUUAUUUCUCAAGAAAUUCUACAUUCUUUCAAAAGAAAAAGGAAAUCUAAUAAGAAUGACUACUUAGCUAUUAAGCUUGACCUUUCGAAAUCCUUUGAUAGGCUUGAAUGGUCUUUCAUUAUUGCUGUAUUCAAAAAGUUGGGGUUCUCUAAAGAAUGGUGUCAAAUGAUAAAACAAUGUAUUAGUAGAGUCUCUUACUCUGUUUUGGUAAAUGGUUCUCCUGGUGAAAUAUUUUAUCCUUCUCGAAGCAUUACACAAGGUGACUGCUUAUCACCUUACAUUUGUAUAUUAUGUAUGGAAGUUUUGUCUCAAUUAUUAGUGAAACCGAAUUCUGAGAAGUUGAUACAAGGUUUCAAGUUCAAGACUGGAAGCCCUUCAAUCUCACAUCUCUUUUUCUCUGACGAUUGCAUGCUUUUUUGUAAAGCUUCGGUCACUUAUGCUAAAAAUCUUCUCAAGAUCAUUCACACCUUUUCUCAAGCUUCAGGUUUUAUGUCUCCUCCUGUGCCUAAAUGUCCUUCUCAUGGUCAGUAUGAAUAUGUUCAUGAACUCUUAGAUGCACAAACAGGAAAUAUAAAAAGUUCUUGUGCGGACUUUGGUGUGAUGUCAGAUGCAGUAGGAGCUGAAGCUGUUGCUCUAAUUUUGGCCAUCUCUUGGGCAGAAGAGAUGUGUCUAUACAAGGUUGUCUUUAUUAGUGACUGUCUUCAGUUAGUUCAGCACAACAAUGGUGUUAAUACUAGCAAUGCCUGGAGAAGCAGUGACUUUCUAGUGCAAUGUCGGAAGAAGAUUUGA